AUGCCGCCUGCCCAACUCAACAUGGAGUCCGCGAGAGGAGGCGCGGCUUGGGAUGAUGUGGUCUCAUGGGAUCCAGCCUGUUGGGACCCUUUCGACCCAGGCUCACUGACUAUCAGGGGGGCCGGACUGGUAGAGUACAGCAAAGCGGAUUGCUUGGGAGCCAUACAUGGCGAGAAAGCACCAUCACCCUCUCAAAGCAAACAUCUACCGGAGGUUGGCCGGAUCGCAGUACUGCGCGGCAUCCGUCACCACCCGGGUUUUGCAGAGGAUCUCCGAGGCGUGGGACAAUGCCCAGAGUACGCUCGCGCUCUCAACGCUCGCGCCAUCAUGUCCAAUGAGAUUCCCCUCAUUCAAGAUCCUGCCCAUGUCCCCUAUUGCAUCUGGUACCCCGAGACCGCCUCGGAGGAAACCUACCGCUCUGUGGCGAUGAUGUACCCCCAAAUGCGAUACCAGGUCGGCCGGGCGUGCGCGGUAGCUGGCUACAUUGAGCUUUAUCAAGAAUUGGACCUGUUGCCAGACCUGGGUGUCGCUGAGGAGGCUCGCGAUGCCAUGCGAGUAAGGAACUGCAAAGGCAGCGAAGAGAUCUACAACUCGAUCGUCAGUGAGCCGGUGAGAUGGCAGGUCAUGAACGAUUACACUCGUUCUGUGGCGCUGGAUAAUCCAACCCGUUCCGAAUAUGGACUUAAUGGUGACACUGCCAUUCGGUCGAUGCUGGAGCUACGGCGCAAGUUCGAUGGGCCGAGUUACCAUCAUGGAGACUGGGAGGUCGGCCUAUUCCAUCCAUCAGAGUCCAGUGUCGAUGAGCUCGCGCCCCGUUAUUUCAAUAUCACGGAGGAUUGGCAUAUUGAUGAAUUUUCAUCGGUGGAAGAAGUCGCCGUCGAGUCUGGGUCUCGUCAAACCAUGCCAGAUAACAGCCAAAUGCUGGAGCUAUUGUGGCAGCCGCUCCCAUUCGACUUACCUCCAGGCGACAAAGACGUUCUCAUCUUACUGGCAGCAUAUCACGGCGAUGUCGACAGAUACAAUCGGCUUAGGCGCCCGGUGCCGGUCGGACUCAUGGAGGAGCGCUGCGUCAUCCGUGGUAUCUAUCACAACCCCCUUUUCGCAAAAUGGUGGUCUUUGCAACCGGUGCAUCUGAGUCGCCGCUACGAGUCCGCUAUUACCGCUCGCUUCAUCAUGACCAAUGACUUGUCGCGAGUUACUGAACAGACAGACGACCACGAUCUCCCCUUCCAGAUCUGGUGGCCUCAGAGGGCCAAGCCAGAAACGUAUCUGGAGCUUGCGCGCCGCAAGCCGUCGAUGAAGCCUGCUGUGGCACGAGCCCUUCUUGUAGCCGACUACCAAUCCGCUUGGGACUCUCUUGACUUUAAACCGUACCACGGUCUCCUCGUCGAGGCCCGGGCAAGCCCUAACCCUUACUACGAACAGGAUCUAGAACAGCGAUGUCACAAGAUGGGCCUGUCGAUCGACAAGCUGGAAGGCGCCGGGCCUGCAAGUCUGGAGGAUGUCUCGGUGCAUGACUUUGCUGAUGAUACAACGACGCUAUUCCACGGUUCUCUGUCAGUGGCCGACUUUGAAGCAUUUGACACCCGUCCCGGCAUAUACGACGGCUAUAGGGUCGACGUGAGCGAGGCAGAGUUGUACGCGGUUGUUCCCGACGAGCUCCGCCCCACUGAUAAGUUCGGGCAUGUCGAUCUCGGUAGACUUUAUUUUGAGCAGAGCAACGAGCCGCCUAAUGAGAAAGCGUACUCUGAAGCCUACAGCCCGGGAGGCGGGUCCUACCGAGGGAGAGGAAGAGGACGGAGUAGCGGUGUUCCAUGGGGCAGAUACCCGCCACGUCAUGCGCAUUAA